UACAAAAACAACACGAUAAACAACAUUAACAACAACAACAACAACAACAACACAGUUAAAAGUAAAUUGCCUAGUAAUGGAGGAGAACUGGUGGGCUGUAUAUUUAAAGGAUUUGGAGUCCGAGGGCAAACGCCAGGAUGCGUUGACCAGGCUAAAUGCGAUGAUUAACAAACAGGGCAACAGUUUACCCCCGCCUGUGAUCGAGCGUCUCCUGCAGUCCUCCACUCUGUACGAUUGUGCGGUGAAUGAGAAGGAACCACUGGCAGAUUUGACUAUUGAAUUUCUGGGUUAUUGCCUAGAGCAGUUGCGUCUUGAUACCACCGAUGAGCAAUUGCCACAAGUGCUGCAACGUGGACUCACUCAUUCCAAUCCGGCAUUGCGUUCGCUAGUAUUGAGCUCACUGCUGAAAGAACUUCGCCGCCAGUCGACGACCAGCGAGAUACUUCAACUUCCCGGGAAUGAGCUGCUGUUCUAUGUGCUGGACGAAUUGCGUCAAACGGAGACUCAAUGCAGUGCCACUGCCAUCAGUAUAUUGACAAUAGUGUUGAGUCAGCGCCUGAAUGAUGCAGACAUUCAAGCCAAGUUGGUGCAACUCCUGCAACAGAAUGAAAUAGUACGCUGCCGCGCCUAUGAGUUGGGCGUAAUGCUGGCCAAGCAUAGUGCCGCCUGCUUAAGCUCUGUGGAAUUCAUUCUCGAUGCAGCUCUAAGUGAACUGGACAACGAUGACGUUCUGCUGCAGGCCAGUGUUAUGGAGAUAUUGGUGCCACUGGCCGAACAAAAUCAUGGACUCUCGUAUAUGGAAAGGCGUCGCGUUUUCGAUCUAAUUAGCAGCCGAGUGCAGCGUAUCGAGGAGAAUCCUCUAGACAUGUUACUCAUACCCAGCAUUAUGAAGUUCUUUGGCAAAAUUGCUGCUGUACAGCCACAGAAAAUAAUAGCAGGUUAUCCUCAAAUGAUAACUUGCCUCUUUGAUUUGUUGCAAAGCGGCGACGAGACUGUUUUGCCCACAGCCAUUGAUACACUGGCCAAUCUGGCCGGUUCAGUGCCAGGUAAAACGCUAUUGCAUGUACACUUCCAGCCUGCCAUGGAGCAACUAAUGAAGAAAUACAGCAGUUACACCAAAUCCGCAUCAUCUUCGAUUAAAGAGCGUGUCCUUAGCUCACUGGAUGUCAUAUAUACGUUGGAGGCGCCACCCACAGGUGAAUUGAGCAACAUUCUGAAGCAAUGGUAUGAAUGCUUUGCCGGCGGCCAGCAUAUUAAUCAGAUUAUGGAACUGAUUAAUACACCCUUUCCCGAUCUUCAGUUAGCAGCCUUGUCCUGGCUCAAGACCCUCUGUAAAUAUCGUUGGGGUAUUCUAAAUGUGCAACGUACUGGCGGGGCCAUUGAGUUUCUUCUAUCGCGUCAACGGGAUUUGCACAAAGAUGUCAAGUUUCUCAAAUGGCAGAUAAUGGAAAUUUUAUCAGUCAGUUCGGAUUUCACGGCCACCGAAACAGUACGCUUCACGGCCUAUGUCAACGAGGGACCCUACUACAUACAAUCGGAUAUGAAUGUAGCCACCGAACCACAGGGCAAUGCUUAAUUGAGCAUCGUUCCGAAAGAGAUGGCAAUACACAAAACAGUCAAAAACAAAAUUCAUUUAAAUCUUAGAUUGUACUUCAAUUACAUAUACAUACAUAUAUGGUAGAGUGUUAGACUUUGGUGUAGAUUUUGUGAGCAUUUCGAAUGUAUUUAGAAAACAAGAAGAAAAAAACAGUUGAAAACUACUUUUAAAUUAAACGAUAAUUAGAUUUUUAGAUUUA